AAACACUGCUGGGUUGCAGCAACAGCCUGUGGAAGACCCUCCUUCCCAAAACUCUUUUACAGCUUCAGGUGUGGCUCACACAUACUCUUCAUAUGCGUCCACGCGUGUAAUCUAAAUCUGCUGAAUCCAAGCAGGGGAGUAACAGUCUGUGGAGACCGAGGCCCCAGAGCAACAACAGCAGCAUGUCCACUAACGCAGCUCUGGCUGUGGGACUGGGACUUGGAGCCGUCCUCCUGACUCUUGACCCAGGUGCUUUCCACCUGGAGUGGGAGUUUCCGUGGCUGCGUGGCGCAGCAGAGCGGAUCGCUCUCUGCAUCGCUGCCGGAGCCACAGUCCUCGCCUUAGGCUGGCUGUACCGACUGCUCUUCUGCCCCCUGGAACUGCUCCGGACCCCGGAUGAGGUGGGAUACAUCGCUGAGGACGGGCGCACCAAGGCGCAGGCUGCGAACGAGGCGCGCAGCAGAAGGAGAGUCGGAGAGCUUCCCCCGGUUUACCCCAACGGCUGGUACCGGGUUCUGGACUCCCACAUGCUGGCCAGGGGAGAGGUCAAAAAUGUAUAUAUUCUAGGUCAACAGCUGGCGGUGUUUCGGGGCCAUGAUGGGAUAGCCUAUGUGCUUGACGCAUACUGCCCCCACCUGGGUGCCAAUCUGGCUGUGGGGGGACGUGUGCUGGGAAACUGCAUCGAAUGCCCUUUUCAUGGCUGGCAGUACCGGGGAACUGAUGGCAAAUGUGAGAAGAUUCCUUAUGCAGAGAAAGUUCCAGAGUUUGCCCAAGUGCGCCGCUGGCCCAGCUGUGAGGUAAACCGACAGGUCCUGAUUUGGUUUCACUGCGAUGGAUUAGAACCACAGUGGAGCAUUCCGGAACAGGAGGAGAUCACUAAUGGCCAGUGGGUCUACAGAGGGAGAACUGAGCACUUUAUAAAUGCUCAUAUUCAGGAAAUCCCUGAAAAUGGAGCAGACAUCCCCCACCUGGAUCACCUGCAUACUCCGGGCAUCCCAAGCGGAGUAGAUCUGCGCUACACCAACAGCAAAACCUGGGAGUUUGUUCGACAUGACUGGAAGGUUGAAUGGGAACCGGAACCAGAGCCUAACAGUCACUGCUCUCAGAUGCGGGUGAAUCAUUCACUCACCUUAUUUGGAUGCCGCUUGCCUCUGCUGGAUCUGCGUGUUGUGGCCAGACAGGUGGGUCCAGGAGUGGUAUUUCUGAGGUUCAACCACAGUUUCCUGGGCCAGGGGAUAAUGAUGCACUGUGUGACGCCUGUGGAGCCUUUGUUGCAGUGUGUAACUCACACCAUGUUCUAUCAGUCCAACAUCCCAGCCGUGGUGCCCAAGUUCAUCCUCAAAGGAGAAUCCAUUCAGUUUGAGCGUGAUGUGAUGAUCUGGAACAACAAGAAGUACAUCGCUAAGCCUCUCCUUGUGAAGGAGGAUUCUGCUGUUCGGAGGCACCGCCGCUGGUAUAACCAGUUCUAUAGCGAGAACAGCCCACGGUUGAAGUACCAGAAAGAUACUUUGGACUUCUGAGCGGACCACUGGAGGUCCUUCGUCCUUCCGGGUUGAAGAAACCUUCAAGAGGGGGGAGAUGCUGGAAUCUGUCAAUCAUUUCAAGUUAAAAAAAAGAUGCUCUUAUUGUUUCAGCUAAUUGGAUAAAAAUAUCUGUCCACAAUCUUAAAAACAAAUAAAUUUAGCUGUCUUUAUAAAGUGAAUUUAACCCUUUAAUGUAAAUUUUUACUACCUUCCACUAACAAUAAUCAUUACGUAUUCUUAUACCUUUUUGUAGCUCAUGAAUAUAAUAAAUGAUU